UCGUGCUGCGGAUAUAUAUAUAUAUAGAGAGAGAGGGUGAGAGUUAGCGUUAGCGAGAGAGGGAAAGAUGCCGUGCUUCACAAGAUGGAAUGGAAAAGGAGAUACGAAGACAUUCUGCUGAGCACCUUGCUGUUGGACAUUUUAGUUUACUUAGCAGUAAAGCGCCUCUUAAAUGACUGGUAUUAGCACACCAAUACAACGCCCUGUCCGUCUACACUGCUGUUAUACCACUUAAGGCAAAUUACAUGUAUCUACCAGGACGCAUGGUUGAUGUACGUUUAUCCAUAACAAUAUUCGUAAAAGCGAUGUCUGUAUGUUGAAGACCAGGAAGUCUCGCAUCACUGAUUGAACGCUGAUAGGAGAAAUGAAAUACCUCUCAACAUGUUUGCCACAGAGGAAGAGCGGCAUUUUGUCCACAUCAAUCUGAAAACUAAGUGAGGUCCAAGGAGGCAAAUUAUGCUCGUGAAUCAGAGUUAAGUCCAGGAAUAAGAACAUGCAUGAUUCUUAAAGCUCUAAUCAAAGAGGAUAAUCAAAGUGUACAAUUUCGACUCAGUUCAGUGUUUAGUGCUGGGAUACAGAGGUCCGAGUCGAUCACGGAGCACUGGACAUUUCUUGGAAUUCCCGAAUCUUGUGACCUAGUGGCAGUGUCUACCAGAAAUGUGGCACUGAUAUUCACCGAUACAUAGCGUGUGACCAGAUGCUGAUGGAGAGUCCCAGAGAUGAGCUUUCUAAAAGGACAACUUAAACUGUUAAGCAGGGGGUACACCUCUGGGCCCAUAAAUGAUACUCAGGCACCAGGAAAGACGAAGAGACAAGAGGAUGCAGGAGAUCAGAAAUGUUAACCCCAGGGGAAAUAAGCACAAUCCUGUCUGAAGUAGCUAAACACUGACACCCCGUAUUCUUCAAAAACUCUCUCUGGAUGAAAACUGUGUUGGAACACACAGGCAGUGUCCUGCUUUCUUUCAUGAUAAAAAGGCUAGCCUGUUGGUCCAAGUUGGAAUCCUGCUCCUGUGCAAAAUCCUUCCCUGGAUGAAGGAAAAGACAUGUAUAGAUCCCAAGCUAUUCUAAUAGAGGGGGAAUAAAACUGCAGACUACAAACUACUGAGACAGAUUACUGUGAGGUUUCAGCCUGCCUGAAAGUAUCGUUGUAAUACCAACCUGCUGAUUCCCAUGACUUCAAGUGACGCAACAAUGGCUUGCAGUAGAGGCAUGGUGAUGAGUGCCUUCUUCUGGUCUGUAGCCAUAGUUUAUCUCACCAACACAAGAGGUGUCAGUGGAGACUGCUGGCUCAUCGAGGGGGAAAAGGGCUUUGUGUGGCUAGCGAUUUGCAGUCAGAACCAGCCACCUUAUGAGGCCAUUCCCCAGCAUAUAAACAGCACCAUUGUGGACCUUCGCCUGAAUGAGAACAAGAUUAAAAGCAUCCACUACUCUGCCCUCAGCCGCUUUGCCAACUUGACAUACCUGAACCUGACAAAGAAUGAAAUCUCCUACAUAGAGGAUGGGGCCUUCUCAGCCCAGUACAACUUACAAGUCCUCCAAAUGGGCUUCAACAAACUGCGCAAUCUGACUGAGGGUAUCCUCAGGGGGUUAGGCAAGCUUCAGUAUCUCUACCUCCAGGCCAACCUGAUUGAGACUGUGUCAGCCAAUGCCUUUUGGGAGUGUAUAAACAUAGAGAACAUCGACCUCUCUAUGAAUCGUAUCCAAGUGCUAGAUGGAUCCACCUUUGCCUCCUUGAGUAAGUUGACCACUUGUGAGCUCUACACAAACCCUUUCAAUUGCACUUGUGAGCUUCUGGGCUUUGUCAAAUGGCUUUCAACGUUCCCAAACAGAACGAAUGAACGUAUGGUUUGUGACUCUCCCCAAAGCUAUUCCGGCUAUAGUCUCCUGACAACCAGUCCAAACAACCCUGGUACUCGCAAUGCACUGUACAUUCUGUCCACUGUGUGCUCUGACGACAACUCUGAUGACAAAUUUAUACACCCCCGUGUGCCUGUUGAAAUCACCACCCCUCCCCCCUCCACAACAUCCUGUGUGGGGGAUGACUGUUCAUCAGGAAUGGAACCUGGACUGGAGGAAAUAAGCACCAGUCCCGCAUUUGUAGAUCCAGAGACAAAACCAGUGAUGCGAGUGAAGGAGGUUAAACCCAGGAGUGCCAUCAUUGCCAUUGAGAUUCCACACCGAUUCAAGAAAUUGUACAUCCUGGUCCAGUACAACAACAGCUUCUACACCGUCAUCAAAAACCUCAAAGAAGAGCAAGAGGAUGUUGCGUUGACAGAUUUGAAACCUCAAACAGUAUACAACUACUGUGUGAUAUCCUUGCGCAACAACUUAAGUCACAACCAUACGUGUCUGCAAAUAACGACAGGGUCGAUAGGAGGGAAAGGAAAGUCGAUUGGCAAUGCAACAGCUACUCACUACAUUAUGACCAUCUUGGGCUGCCUCUUUAGCAUGGUGAUUGUGUUAGGGGUAGUCUAUUACUGCUUGCGCAAGAAACGUCAGAAAGAUGAAAAGCACAAAAAGGCAGGCAGCCUCAAGAAAAAUAUAAUUGAACUGAAGUAUGGGGCAGAAUUGGAAGGAGGGACUAUAUCACGAAUGUCUCAGAAGCAGAUGUUGGCUGGGGAAAGUAUGUCACGUAUGCCAUACCUACCCUCUGGUAGUGAUAUGGACCAAUAUAAACUGCAAGACAUAAGUGACACUCCUAAAAUGGCGAAAGGGAGCUACAUGGAGGUUCGUACGGGAGAUCAUCCAGAUCGCAGAGAGUGUGAAAUGGCCAUGCCAGGAAACAGCCAAGGUUCAGUGGCAGAAAUCUCAACGAUUGCAAAGGAGGUGGACAAAGUCAAUCAGAUCAUCAACAACUGUAUAGAUGCCCUGAAAUCAGAGUCUACUUCAUUCCAGGGAGUCAAGUCAGGUGCCGUUUCCACGGCAGAACCGCAGCUCGUCCUGAUCUCAGAGCAGCCUCAGAGCAAGUCGGGCUUCCUGUCGCCCAUGUACAAAGACAGCUACCACCACUCACUGCAGAGGCACCACACCUCAGACGUAUCACCCAAGCGGCCGAGCACUGCGACCGGAGGUCCCAUGCGAAGUCCCAGGCCAUAUCGCCAUGAGGGGCCCUACAAGUCUGAGUCCAAGUACAUUGAGAAAACCUCACCAACUGGUGAGACCAUCAUGACUGUUACACCGGCUGCUGCGAUUCUUAGGGCUGAGGCAGAGAAGAUUAGACAGUACAGUGAGCAUCGGCACUCAUACCCCGAGUCCCACCAGAUUGAGGAGCUGGAGGGGCCUGAUUGUCGCAAGCCGUCCAUUUUGGAGCCCUUGACGCGGCCUCGGCCCAGAGACUUAGCUUAUUCACAGCUCUCGCCACAGUACCACAAUCUCAGCUAUUCCUCCAGUCCAGAGUACUACUGCAAACCGUCGCACAGCUUCUGGGAGCGUUUCAAGCUCAACCGCAAACGUCACAAAGACGAGGAGUACAUGGCAGCGGGCCACGCUCUUCGUAAGAAAGUGCAGUUUGCCAAGGAUGAAGAUCUGCAUGACAUUUUAGACUACUGGAAAGGUGUAUCUGCCCAACAGAAAUCUUAAUCUCACCCCAAGUGUUUCUGCAAGUGUUCUCUUUUUAAUGGACUACAAAAUUAUGAAUUUAAAAAGAAACCUUAGUACAUUAAUACCAUUUAAUGGGUAAAUAACCCACUUUGACUGGAUGGAGUGAAAAGACCCACAACAGACUUGAUUUUGUGAGUUUAUGUACCAAAUUUAAAAGGAAAUAACUUUUUCGCAACAUGAAGUAAACCUAUUGAAAAUCAAAAAAUAUAUAUAUGUUGCAAUGGAUUAUACGUAUUUGGAUAUCGCAUGGCCAAGUCCUGUGACAGUGGAUUUACUGUUGUGUUCUAUGACAAAAAAACAUCAAUUAACUAAGAACAAUGUCUCCUGAAUCGUCCAUAUAUUUUCUUGGAGAACAACUGUACACUCAUUCAAAGACAGAUUUAUCACCCUACAAAUAUUUGAGUUCAUGAAGAAUCAAGAGGAAACCUGUACAGAUCUCGUUUAUAUAUUUGCAAUGUUUGCUGUUUAAAAGUGAAAAGAAUAUAUGAUGUAUUUGAAUCAGGUUUAGACCAUGGAUUUCAGAAACGGUCCCUGUGCGAUUCGUCUGUUCUUAAAUUAAUGUCUAGAACCUUGACGGAUAUACAUUGCACUGGUUGAUGAAAGUAUGUAUUUCCCAUAAAACUCUUUCCCUGUCCUUUGCUUUGCCAAUUUUAAUGCCAUCUGACCAACUGCACAAUACUUCAAACACAAAAAUUAUACUGUGAACUACAUACUGAAUUGCUCUAGUGAAGUGGGUGUGUCUAUCUUAACUCCAUAUGACUGGUAAGCUACAGCACCAAAGUAGAAGUAGACACCAAAAUGUGAUCACCCAAACCCAAAUUAGAAGGGGAGGUAAACAACAACAACAGCAAAUCACAAACAUCGUUUACUCAAAAUGAAGAUCAGGUGGUAUUCCAGAAAGCCAAAACCACAUAACCUGAGGGAUCUUUCGGGAAUUUAGCUGAUGAGGAUUUGAAUGUUCCCAAUCCUAAUUAUCAAAGCUGUUCAAUCAACCACCAACAGUAAGUAUAAGUAUAACUUCUUGUUUUACUAAAUUUGUGGUUGAGUCUUAACCAUUAUUUUGUACAGACCAUGAAUGUAGGAUUUUAUUUUUUCAAAAAGAUGUCAGUAUUGACAGCUCUUGAAACACUGAUUCAAUUCAAGUAAGCUAGCCUAUGAUGCAUCUUUUAUUCAAAAUUUUGCAAAGCUACUGAUUUAAUUUGUUGUAGGUAUUGUGGAUUGGCUGUAGUUUGUCAGCCUAGACUACAAGUCAGAUUGUAGGCUAAAGAAAAACAAUAUCCUCAUAUCCAUUGUGCUGGUGUGAAAACACUCAUUCAGACCCCAGUGUUGGAAACAAAAAACCCUGUACAAAUUGUGAUACAAGUAGUUGACAGACCUGGGUAUGUGGCUGAACCUGCUCUCUGGAAUACCCUCUGCUAUUGUAUUGUAAACGUGUGCAUCUACGGUGUGGCAUUUUGCUCUACUAGUUUGAAAUUUUUUGUUUGUUUACCAAUUAUGUUAUACAUCAUAUCUAGGGAGGACUUCUCUGAUGUUCUACCAAAGUGCUUGGGUGGCAGCUCAUCAGUCUCUGCAGAUGUUUCCACCAUUUUCCGAGCCUACAGCCCUGAGGAUGAAUGUAUUACAUACAUGAUGAUAUAAAGCAGCUUUUUCCUGCUGCAAAUUUUGUUAUUCACAGCCAUAUGCUCCCCUGUUUUUCAUGCAGUAUGCUAGGUUUUGAUAUUCAUGCUUCCUUUCAAUUAAUAUAUAUAUAUAUAUAUAUAUAUAUAUUGUCAGAUCUCUCUCGACAGUAUACAAACAAGCAGAGAAAGAUGUUUGUACACCUAAGGGUCUUGUUGUUGGAGUUUCUAUGGUUUGGCUGAUAAAGAAGCUUUUGUAAAUGAUGAGCUCCUCCAUGUGGGCGAGGAAUUGAAGCUACUGAUCAAAAGUGUUGAACAUGCCGGAGCAAAGUACACGGAGACAUGAAGUACCCCAGAACUGAACUGUUAGAGUUGGGUUUUGUAUAUCAUUUGAAAUGUGUUACUAAAGGUAACUGUGUCCAAUUUCUUAUUUCAACCGCCUUAAACUUCUGGAUAAUCUAUAUCUGUAUUUUUUUUUCUUUAAUCUUUCAGUGUUGUUUUUUUAAGUCUUUUGCAUUUCAAUAGUUUCCAAAAGCUGUCAGAUUUAUAGGUAAACUAGCCAGUAACUUACAUGUUUUUAUAAUGCAUAUUGUAGCACUCCUGUAUCUUAUUAAAUUUAGAAAUGUUCAGAUACCUGUGGACUGCAAACAAACAGCUGGCGCUGAAGUACAUCAAAAAUAUGAGCACAAUGAAAAAAAAGUGUUUUUUAUUCUUAUUUUAUUUCUAAAUAUUAUGUUACCUGCUUUCAGACAAAUACUGUGAAUAAAAGGAGAAGGUGCACCCAUACCUUAAUUUCCUUUACCACAAUUUAAUACUUGUCAUUGACAAUAAACUGUAAAGCCUUAUAACAUGAUAGAUUAAUAUGUAUAUAUAAAUACAUAAAUAUAUUCCUUUGCGUAAAGACAAACAACUUUGCCAUUAUUUCAAAUAUUAAAAAGAUAUC